AUGCGCCCUUUACCAGGCGACGAUGCUUACUUGGGGAGAUCUCGGAGUACGAGUAUUAAUGAUAACGAGUUAACACCACUUGCAACAAGAACGCAGGUGCCGCAGAUGAGCUACUUUCUUGCAGAUGAGAGAACAUUAGAAUCCGGAGAAGCUCAGCCUAUUCGUUUUCCUUUAAAACCAAGAGAUUCUUUGAAGAAUAGUACAUACGGUGUGGAGAGUAUUGACACUACAAUUAGCUCUUUCUCUGAGGGCAGCGGUGAUGAAGAUGGAAGAUAUGACAAAGCUAGGGAGAGAUUCAAGAAGAAUUUGGCAGAGAAAUUACAGUCUGUAGGAGAUUCGAGGUCUCGUUUCAGAAAACCAUCAUACGAUGUUAGUGGAACCACGUCUCCGGUCCGCCCUUCCACUACCGAAGCUUCCAGACCUUAUACUCCUAUGUCUGUGUAUUCCGCGGCUGCAGGUUCUAUUAUUAGCAGUCCCGGUUCGAGGAUUUCCGACACAGAAUCGUUGAAUGACGAAACAUCAAGCCAGGCUAUUGUUUCUGGCGAAGAAGACGAAAACGAUGUACCGGCGAUGGUGGAUAGUGGCUCUGCCCCUCAGCUGGUUAUGCCAAGUAUAAAAAUGCCUAGUAGGCGGCCAUUUACGGAGAAGGGAAAGAAUAUGGGGAGGCUAAAGGUCCUGAUUGCUGGAGAUUCAGGUGUGGGCAAGACAUCUUUGAUCAAAGCGAUCGUACAAGUAUGCGAAGAUAUUGUACAUGUCGAUCCCCUGUCUACUACACCAGGACGGGUCACCGAGAAAAGGCGGCAUUCCAAACAUAAAGCUAGACAUGGAGAUGGUAAUAUGCAGACUACAACUCAGAUCACAGAGAUAUAUGCUAGCACGAAGGCCUAUCCUAGUUGGUGGUCAGAGGUUGAUGAAAGCAAGGUCUUACGUCGAAGGAAGAAUAUGGGUGACUCUGUUCUUGAAAGAAAUCUGUGCUUUGUUGAUACUCCUGGUUAUGGCAACAAGACUUCUUGUCUAGAAGCGAUUUCUCCAGUAGUCGAUUAUAUCGAAUCUCAGUUUCAAAAGGUGGAAUCUAAAGAUGGGAUGACCGAUUCAGAUAUGAUACAUUUACUUGGUGGAAAUGGUGGUUCUCAAGUAGAUGUCGUAUUCUACAUCAUCAUAAAUCGGAUCAAACCUGUUGAUAUUGAAUACCUGAAACGUAUAUCCCCCAUGACAAAUGUUAUCCCUCUUAUAGCACGAUCAGAAGUUUUGUCUCUGGAGGAUCUGGCUAGCGUCAAAAGACAUGUGUUGAGCGAGCUUCAAGCGGCCAGUAUAAGACCAUUUCUCUUCGGACUUUCUUUUGAUGAUGCUCUACAUUCCUCUCAGCCAGCUGCGCCAUAUGCAAUUUCCACUAUGCUGUCGAAGGAUCAUGAUACCAUGGAUGCAAGCCUUCUCAUGAGCUCGGACUACAUUCAACCAUUAGUUCAAUCAGAACUUACAGCCCUUGUCGAUCAACUAUUCGAGCCAGAUAGCAUAGCAUGGCUGCGAAAUUCUGCUGCGAAAAAAUUUGUACAAUGGCGAAAUAAUCCAACCGUGCAGAAACCACAAAGUCUAUAUCGACCUCUAGCGCAAUCAAUGAUGUCGUCAUCCACCUCACAAGUACUUACUGCUCCUGUUGGCGCUACAACCUCUUAUGCCUUGGCUCGUAUAACAGAUCACACUCAGCGUGAAGAGAAGCUUGCACAAGUGCGACUUUCGAAAUGGGCCACUGACUUACAGAGAAGUCUUCAGAAUGAACGUGCUAGAUUUGAAAAUUUAGCGCGAAGUGAGAGGGCAGUAUGGCUAACGGAAAGACUUGGGGAAUGUGUACAGGAUGGUACACUCGUCCCAAUCUCUCAGGCACGUCAGCCUCAACGAUCUUACGACACUGGAGCUUUGAUUAAGCGAGGAACUUAUUCCCGAACAACGUCCUCUGGCUCGAUUUUGAACACGCACGAUCCUCUUGGAAUUCUGGAAUUCAAUGAAGACAUGAAACGGCGGGGCAUGGUUGCUCUACAAAUAGUAAGCAGUUUUGGUAUCAUUGGUGGCUUGGCAUUCUGGAUCAAUCGCAAUUGGCAGCCUAGUGGAGCCAGCAUAUGGGGAUUGGAUUGGAUUGGUAUCCAAAGAUUUGUGGAAUGGAGAUGA